UGAACAGGACCGCGGUCACAUGAUUUUUGCAUUUUGUUUGUAAAAUUUUUUUAAAAAUUUCAAAAUUUAUUCGAAAUUCAAUUUGUAAUUGUAAAAAUGUCACUAUCAACGAAACAAUUUCGUUCGAUACGAACAUUUGAAAAUAAAUUUGUCUAUAUGGAUGUUCAACUAUGUUUUACAAUCAAACAAUCGACUAUUGAAGUACGAGAAUAUAAAUUAAUUAUUAUGAAAGCAAUUGAUUCACUUUUAGGUGAAAUUGGUUCAAAAAUUCAAUUUGAUAUUGUUAAAUAUUGUUGUAAAGAUUUUCGUGCAAUUAUUCGACUAUUGGCAAGAGACUACGUUAAAUUACAUCUUUGUCUUUCAUUGUUGAACGAAUGGAAAGAUUCACGUUGUCAAUUUAUUAUUCACAAGGUUU